CCUUUGAAGAAAAACCUUCCCCAACCCCAACCCCAACCCAACCCAACCCAACCUCUUUUCUCUCUGCUAAUCCUGCACACGCACACCCUAUAUUUUCUCUUCAUCUACAUGGGUUCUCGACCGUUAACGCUAUAAUCAACUAUUUUCCCCUUACUUUCUCUCAUUUUUCUUUCUGGGUUCUUGGUCUCUUGGAUUUUAUUGCUUGAUUUCUCAUCUGGGUGUCUCUUAAAAUGGGUAAAAAUCAAGCUUACAAAGCUAUGCAGAGAGCCAGGCUGGGCUCCAGCUCUGCUGGGCCUGACGAGGUUGAAGACGGCAUGGUGGAUGGUUCAUUUCAUUCACCAGAGUGGCAUGCUGCUCGUUUGGCCAGUCUCAAAACUUCUCACACUAUCACCUGGGAGGAGUACAAAAAGAAGCAGAAGGAAGAUGAAAUUAGAAAAGGGGAACUGGAAGCAGAUAAGAAUAGAAUGAUGAGAGAGUACAGAGCUCAACUGGAUGCUGAAAGGGCACACAAGCUUGCCCAUGGACAAAACCACUCCAGUAGUAAAUCUAAUCACAAAAAAGAUAAGAAGGACAAAGAUUUGAAGAAACGGAGCAGCAGAAAGAGAAAGCAUUCAAGGAGGAGAUCUUCUGGGUCUAUCUCCUCAAGUUCAUCCUCAGAUUCAUCCAGCAGUGAUGAAGAUGAGAGAGAAUCAAGAAGAUCUAAAUCUAGGUCUAGGAAAGCGAGGAAGGAAAAGAAGCAGAAGUCAAGAACCAAGCACUCUAGCAGUGAUGAUGAAGAGGCUGAUGGUCCUGUGCCACUUUCAAGAUUCUUCGAUAGUGUAAAGACCUAAUUACAUUGUUGAAAACACUGUUGUGUACUUAUAAAAAUUCUGUUCCUACUAUAGGAGAUGAAUUUGUUCUUUCUUGACUAGCUCUUAGCAAAUAUGGAUCGAAUUUGUUUCUUCCC